AUGUCGCGCAACCACGCCAUGUCCCUUCUCCUCGUCGUCGGCCUUCUUCUGUCGUCGUGCGCCGCGCGCGUCAAGCAGAUCAAGGCCAAGCCGACGCCCUGGACCAUCCACGUCCCGAAGCCCGGCGGCGCCACCACCCGGAGCCUCGGCUUUGAGCACAUCUGGCUGCCCCACGGCGUCACCGGCCCCGAGAGCCUCGCCUUCGACCGCCAGGGUCAGGGCCCCUACGCCGGCGUCUCCGACGGACGCGUCCUCAAGUGGGAUCCUGCCAGCCCCGAGGGCUGGACGACGUUCGCGUACAGCCCCAACUACAAGAACACCCCCAUGUGCACGGCGUCCGCGGAUCGGCCGGACGGCGCGGAAAGCAUCUGCGGCCGCCCGCUCGGCCUGCAAUUCAACCCCAAGACCGGCGACCUGUACAUCGCCGACGCGUACCUGGGCCUGAUGAAGGUCGGGCCUGGCGGCGGCGAGGCCGAGGUGCUGGCGACGGAGGCCGGCGGCGUGCCCUUCAACUUCGUCAACGGCGUCGACGUCGACCCGGCCACCGGCGACGUCUACUUCACCGACUCGAGCACCGUCUACACGCGCGCGCGCAACACGGAGAUCAUGAUCCACCGCGACACCACCGGGCGGCUGCUCAGGUACGACGCGCGGACCCGGCGCGCCACCGUGCUCAAGGCCGGCCUGCCGUACCCCAACGGCGUCGCCCUGAGCGCUGACCGCACGCACGUCGUGGUGGCGCACACGGGGCCGUGCCAGGCGUUCAGGUACUGGCUCAAGGGGGCCAAGGCCGGACAUUACGAGCUCCUCGCCGACCUGCCGGGCUACCCGGACAACAUCAGGCGCGACGCCAGGGGAGGCUACUGGUUCGCUCUCAACCGGGAGAAGAUCGACGCGACGGAUCCCGACCACCUCGUCGGCGUCCGGGUCGACGCCAAGGGGGGCGAGCACGAGGUGAUUACGGCGCCCAAGGGCGUCACGCUUAGCGACGUCGCGGAGAAGGACGGCAAGCUGUGGCUGGGAUCCGUGGAACUCAACUACGUCGGCCUAGCUAGCUAG